AUGUCUUCUACUGAUUCUCCAUCUCCGUCUCUUCCUAAUCCUACGAAUACUAAUCUUAGUGACCCUUCCUUUGACAUGCAAACUUCUCCAAAUACAUCAAUAGUCCCUGUUUCUUCUACUGAGGCUGCUUCUUCUCCCAUUGUUCUUCGUCGAUCAUCUCGCUUGUGUCAACCACCUUCAUAUCUUAAAUAUUUUCAUGUCACAUUCCCAUCAGCUACAUCACAUCAUUCUUCAGGUAUUCGCUAUCCCUUGGAUUCUUACAUUUCUUAUAAUCGCUUGUCUUCAUCAUUUCGUCAUUUUACACUAUCACUUUCUAGCACAAUUGAACCAACUUCAUAUGUUGAGGCUUCCAAAAGUGAUUGUUGGCUUAAAGCUAUGAGAGAGGAGAUUUUUGCCCUUGAAGCGAACAAUACCUGGAUCCUUACUUCUCUUCCUCCUAAUAAAUCAGCCAUUGGGUGCAAAUGGGUUUACAAGGUUAACAACAUGCAAAUGCUAGAUGUUAACAAUGCUUUUUUACAUGGGGAACUUCACGAGGAAGUUUAUAUGCAGCUUCCACCAGGUUUAUCAUCUACUAAGUCCAGCCAAGUAUAUCAUUCACUGUUCUUAAAAUUCAAUGAUAACUCUCAUACUGCUCUUCUUGAUCAAACUUUUAAAAUUAAGGAUCUUGGUGAUUUAUCUUAUUUUCUUGGAUUGGAAGUUGUAAGAAACAGAACAUGGAUUCAUUUAUCUCAACGAAAAUAUACCCUUGACAUUUUGUCUGAUAUUGGUAUGCUGGCCUGCUGCCCUGUGUCUACUCCUAUGGAUUCUUCAAACCGUUUAUCUACUUCCAGUGGAACUCCUCUAGAAGAUCCAUCUGUUUAUAGACGACUGAUUGGUCGUUUAAUUUAUCUCACAAACACUCAUCCAGAUAUUGCACAUUUUGUUCAACAUCUUAGUCAGUUUGUCUCACAGCCUAUUACUGCUCAUUAUCAAGCUAAUUUUCGCGUUCUACGUUAUCUCAAACAAGCUCCUGGUCUUGGUAUUUUUCUUGAUUCUAGAAGCUCUCUUCACUUGAAAGCUUUUAGUGAUUCUGAUUGGGCUGGUUGUAUUGAUUCACGUCACUCUAUCACUGGUUUCUCCAUUUAUCUUGGUCACUCCCUUAUAUCUUGGAAAUCAAAGAAACAACAGACUGUGUCCAGAAGCUCCUCAGAAGCUGAGUAUCGUGCUCUUGCAUCUACAACCUACGAGCUUCAGUGGCUUAUCUACCUUUUGGAGGAUCUUCGUAUUGCAGAUUUCUUCACAAUCUUCGCUCCAAGAUGGGAAUGA